GCAUAACGCGAUCAGAGGAAAACGUUUUAAAUAGUAUAGUUGAACGAAUGUUUUACUUAAUAUAGUGGUAAGAAGCUGGCAGGACGGAGUUGUUUGCACGUUGUGGAAGUUUCUUGAGGAAUACUGACAUUCGCGCAGUGAUUUGAAUGGCAUCUAGUAAACACAAACCAGCAGGUGCCAUGAACAGACAGAUUUUUCAGCCGUGUGGCCAAAUCAGAUUAACCCUUCUGCUGCUGAUGACUGUCACAGUUGUUCAAAGUGGGAAGGUUCUUGUCUUUCCUGUGGAUGGCAGUCACUGGGUCAACAUGAACAUCUUGAUUGAGGCACUUCACGCCAAAGGUCACAAUAUUACAGUUAUUCGGAUGGCAGACAGCUGGUACAUCAAAGAAUUCUCACCUCACUACACAUCAAUCACUCUGAAUUCUCCAGGAGGAUUUGAUGAAGAAUUUUUUGAGACGUUUGCAUCCAGACUUAUGAAAAUCCUGAGAGAAGGUUCCACCUGGAGUCAUCUGAAACUGGAGAUGGAGAUGUGGGAAAAUGCUGUGAAGAUGUUUAAAAUAAAAAGUGAGAUGAUAGUCAACAUGUUUGAAGACCAACAGCUAAUGCAGUCCAUAAAAGACACUAAAUAUGAUUUGGUUCUUACAGAUCCAGUUGAUUUUGGAGGCAUUCUAUUGGGUCACUAUCUCAAACUGCCCAUUGUCUACAAUGUCCGUUGGACAGUGUGCAAUGAGGCUCAUUCUGUAAUAGCUCCUUCCCCACUUUCUUAUGUUCCUUUGCCAAUGCUGGAGUUAUCAGACCGCAUGAGUUUCUUGGAAAGAGUGAAGAAUGUUGCGAUGUACAUCAUAACUGAAACACAAGUCGCUUUUAUGAUUGCUCCAACGUAUAAUGCACUUUGCGAACGGUUCAUUGGCCCAGGAGUGUCCUUCCUUACCUUAGUUCAGAGUGCUGAUCUGUGGCUCCAUAGAGUUGAUUUUAUUUUUGAAUUCCCGCGUCCCACUAUGCCAAACAUUGUCUACAUGGGAGGUUUUCAAUGCAAGCCAUCAAAGCCUCUUCCCCGAGAUCUGGAGGACUUUGUGCAGAGCUCUGGUGAUCAUGGUGUCAUCAUCAUGUCUCUGGGCACUCUCAUUGGUCAGCUUCCUGAUGAUGUGGCUGAAGCGAUUGCUGAAGCUUUUGCAGAACUUCCACAGAAGAUCAUCUGGAGGCACAAAGGAAAGAGACCAUCUGCUCUAGGAAACAACACCCUUAUGAUGGACUGGAUGCCUCAGAAUGAUCUUCUGGGUCAUCCUAAGACCAGAGCCUUUGUGGCACAUGGAGGAACCAAUGGGAUUCAAGAAGCCAUUUACCACGGUGUACCAAUCAUUGGAUUUGGGCUGAUUUUUGACCAGCCUGAUAAUCUUUUUAAAAUGAGAGUAAAGGGUGUAGCCAAGACUGUAGACUUUGCCACAGUGGAUAAGGACUCCUUCCUCAAAACUGUCAAAGAGGUCCUUUAUGAUCCCUCUUAUCGGGAGAACAUGCAGAGGCUCUCAAGGCUUCACAAGGAUGUUCCAGUGAAACCUCUGGACAACGCCAUCUUCUGGAUUGAGUUUGUUAUGAGGCACAAAGGUGCUGCUCACUUGCGCACAGAGUCUUACAAAAUGCCCUGGUACUCUUAUCACUCUGUUGAUGUCAUACUGUUCCUGCUUUCUGCUGUGUCUCUCAUAAUCAUGAGCAUAUAUGCUGUAAUCAGAUAUUUCUGCUGCAGAAUAUGCAUGAGAAAAACAAAAAACAAAAGCAAAUGAGUUAAAUUGUUAAAUCGACAAUAUUUGUGUUGUACUGUAGAGUCUCUACAGCUUUAUUGUUUUUGUUCAACUAUAUUCAGAUCUGGUUUAAGUAAGUAAACAAAUCAAUCUCUUAAUUAAAAUUGUUUUCAUAUGGUGAUUAAUAAAUGUUGAUUUAUUCAAACCAUAUUACAUUCUAAUAUUUACUCUAUAUAUGAACAAAUAUUGUACAUACAUGCCAUUAUUUGUCUCAUAUACAGUGUCAUAUAUACAUAUUUUCAUACAUAUAUCUAAUGUCUUAGUGUUCUUCUCAGCUCCUGAUCAUCAUGUCAUCAAUUAUUUUUGCUAUAAAAACCAUCUGAAUGUAACAAUAAUACAAUUAAAAAUUUGGGGUUUUCAGCAUCAUUACUCCAGGCUUCAGUGUCAUAUGAUCCUUCAGAAAUCAUUCUAAUAUGCUGAUUUGCUGCUAGGAAACAUUUCUUAUUAUUAUCAAUGUUGAAAACAGUGCAGCUUAGUAUUUUUGUGGAAACCAUGAUAUAUUUUUUCAUUAUUCUUUCAUGAACAUAAAAACCAGAAUUUAUUUGAAAUAGAAAUCUUACAUAACAUUAUACAUGUCAUUACUGAAACUUUUGAUAAAUUUAACGAAUCCUUGUGGAAUAAAAUUAUUAAUUUCUUUAAAAAAAAAAAAAUCUUACUGACCACAAAUGUUUGAACGGUAAUGUAUAGAUUCCUAUUAUAGUGCAGUGGAUUAAUGAAUGGUAUACUGUUCAUCAAACUGGGUGACCAGAAGAGCACAGUGCCUGUUGUCCCUUUCACAUUGUGAGAGCAGAAUAAAAAGAAAGGCCAAGUACUCAUAAUCCAGCGCUUGAUAGAAUUAAAAGAGCUCUUGUCAUAGGGGUUCUUAUUAUAUCAGUAUCACAUUAAAAAUGCCAAGUGUUACUGUAGCUUACUAAGGGAUAAAAAAAAAAAAAAAGAGUGUGAUGGGAAAUUUACAACCCGGUCUAUCAAAGUGAUGGAAAGUAUUAUUUGUAGUGCAUCCUCUGGCAGGGCCCGAUCUAUUGUGGGAUUAGCAGUCUUAAAAACAGACACGGCUGCAGCAAAAAUGUCUCUGUAUUUGAUGUACUGUGUGAUUAUUAUUAUUUUGACCUUCUUGAACUGUGCUAAAUGAUGUUGAAAUUCUACUAAAUCCAAAUGGUUGGGUUUUUAUGGCUGUUAUUUUUCGUUGCAAUGUGACAAAUUCAUUUUUUAAUAGAUCAAAUGACUGAUUUAUCUUUUCUACAGUUGUUCUCACUGUAUUAUAAUAGAUUUACUGAAUGCAACAUUCACUUACUUAUUCUUACUGGAUUACUGAGUUCACUUAUUUUUGUUUUUGUUAUACAGCUAAACUGUUGCUGUGCUUUAUUGCUUAAAAGGGGUGGUGCUGCAAGAUGAUUUAUAUAUGGAUAUAAUUUUAAAAUGU